AUGUCACCGGAAGUUAACCAGACGGGCUCUGGUAUCAUGGCAACCAGGCGGCAACGGAGCUCGAAGGUGUGGGAGCAUUUUAAGAAAAAAGAUAAAAGUGUGCAAUGUAAUGUGUGCAAAAUAGAGCUCGCCUUCCACGGCAGCACAACGACCAUGCAUGAGCACAUAAAGAGGAAGCACGUUGUGGCUUAUGACGAUGGAGACGAGGGACCAUCGUCUCGUGUUAAAAAAGAACGUUCUUCUUCAAUGGGCGACUUUGUUAUAAAGCCAGCUUCAUGCACACCUCAGCAAGCAAAUGUCCUGACUGAGUCCAUACUGAAAAUGUUGGUGACGGACAUGAGACCUCUGUCCAUGGUGGACGAUGAAGGGUUUAAAGAGAUGAUUAAACAGUUCAACCUGGAUUAUCAUGACAACUACCUACCAGGCAGAUCCCACUUCACCACACUGACGGAGAAGAAAUAUCAUGCAACCUUUGAUAAGGUAAAGGAGACCCUCAGGGGUGUCAACAGUUUCCUCACACUGACUGCUGAUGUGUGGACCAGUCGUGCAACAGAUGCUUACCUUGGUGUGUCUUGCCAUUUCCUGACUGAAGAUUGGAAGAUGAAGACCCUCAACCUUUCCACCAUGCCUCUUGAGGAGAGGCAUACUGGUGCAAAUAUAAUGACAUGGAUGGAAGAGGUUUUAGCAAAGUUUGACAUCUUGCCCACCAAAAUAAAAGCAGUAGUUCAUGACAGUGGUUCCAACAUGGUGGCAGCAAUGAGACUGCUUGAAGAAAAACAUGGAUGGGCCUCUAUCCGCUUUGCUGGACACACACUCCAGCUCAUAGUCAACACUGCUCUCAAAGAAACCACCAUCAGCAGAGCACUAGGUGCUGCUAGGCACCUAGUGGAGCACUUCAAGAGAAGCGAGCUGGCUAGUACAAAGUUAAAGAUGAAACAGGAGCAAAUGAAUGUCAAGCAACAUGCACUGAUCCAGGAUGUCAGCACCAGAUGGGAACAGCGCUGGCCUCUCACUGCCACUCUCUCAGAUCCUGACGUAACUCCAAGGGGGAAACACUACUUCGACCUGAAGCCAGAGCAGUGGAAGCUGCUGGAAAAAUUGAAGCAAGGGUUGGCACCUUUUGAGACUGCUUCUGUUUACCUUAGUGGACAGCAGUACACAACCAUUUCAGGUCUUCCACAGGUGGUCAAAGGGCUGACACGGGCUGUCCACCAAAGCCAAUUUGAAACAAGCUCAGGAAAGUCCUUCAUUUCCAGUGCAGAAAGGGGGAUAACACAGAGGUGGGGGAGUCUUUGCACUGUCUCAGGAGACAAAGAAAAUCCUGUUCUUCUUGCAGCCGCUUUGGACCCGAGAUACAAAAAGCUGAAGUUUUUGACUCCUGAAGAUGGCAUCAGACUGCAGGGGAGUAUUGAAGUGCUUGCUGUUAAAGAAGCAAAAACGACUGGGACACAGAAUGCAAAACUGCAGAAGGCAAAUGGUUCAGGUAGAAAGAGUGCUCUGGAAACCCUUCUUCAGUCUGACACAGACAGCUUGAGUGAAAAUGAGGAUGAAGAAUCUGAGGAAGACAGAAAGAUCCAAGUUGUGAUAAAUGAAGUUCGGCUGUACUUCAGCGAGGCCACACUCCCUAAAAAGGAUGAUCCUCUCAAAUGGGUUCCGUAUACGGUUCAGGUAUCCGGUAUUGUUCCGGGAGGACGGGGCCGUUGGCCUCGGCCACGUCGGACCACCGUCCACCCAUCCUCAAAACCCCCCAUAUCCAUGGGAGGGUUCCGUAUACGGUGUCCGGUAUCCGGUAUUGUUCCGGGAGGACGGGGCCGUUGGCCUCGGCCACGUCGGACCACCGUCCACCCAUCCUCAAAACCCCCCAUAUCCAUGGGAGGACUCUUUGAUCCUGCUGGACUAAGGACUCCACUUCCGGUGGCAAAUCCUCCCAAGAAGGAGACCAGUCUGAGGGUCCAGUGA